AUGGAUUUGAUCACUUCUGCGCUCAUUGCGAUCAAUCGGAGGAGAGGCUCGAGCGGCGAGUAAGAUAGCCACGGCACAGUGGGCAACAGAGGCGUGAGUGGGAAAGAGCCGAGUUCAAGACGUGGUAGCUCCCAGAAUCCAUACAUGAGCUCACUAGUAGCAGCCGCAGCCGCAGCAGCAGCAACAACAGCAUCCGCUGGAACUGGAGUCCCCCACGCAGCGGGAGCAGAAGUAGCAGCAACACUGUCGGGUGGANGCGAAGAUGAAGAGUGCUUCGACGGAGAAGAAGCGCCGGAGGAAGAGGCAAACGAGGGAGAUCGGGAGCGAUGGAUGAAUGUCGAGUUACAAACUGCCAUCGCGAAACAAGCGAGGACGGUCUUGGACACUCUCCCCAAGAAAGCCGGCAACGGCACGCUGACUCCACCACAGUGGAUGAAGGAGCGGCAUCUGCCGCCCAAGUGUGUAGCGGUAGCGUUUUAUCGACGUUUCCCUGACGCCCCGAUAUGCCGGCGCGCAGACAGCCCGGAGAAGCGCGCCGCUGCGGCGAUGAAAGCGGCGAAAGUGACACCAGCGAUGAGUACCCGGGUCGAGAAGGGAGAUAUCAUUGAUGUGCUUUUGAAGGAGCCGGCCAUGGCCGUUUUCGCGACGACACAAGUUGUGUUCGCUCUCCACGUGCACGAGGUGGUGACAACCCCCGGCGGGGCGAAGGGAGUCAGGAUGAUCUGUCCAGGAUGCAAAUCGAAUUCGGAAGUGAAACCUCUUGGAGUAUCAGGGCACGACUUCCCAAAUGGGGGUGCUCGAAAGGCAAGCAGAACGUUUGCGGGUGCCCUCUCGUCUUGGAAAGUGCCAAGAAGGCGGCCAACAAAAAAUGUGGUCGUUGCGGAUGACGGGUGGGACGAGGCCACCAUCCGCGAGCAUUGCCCGAACGGCGCUUCCUGUACCGUAAUGGACGACACGUACAUGCAGUUGCUACCUGAGGAGACUGUCUCGCGAUUGCCUUUUCGCUACUUUAGCCAAAAUGGCACGUCAGAGACUCUACUGGACCAAGUGAGGGCGACGGAGGGCGAUCUGCAGAUGCAACCCUAA